CAGUCGUCCGCCGGCUUCCUCCAGCCUCCCUCUCUCUUUCUCUCUCUCCCCCCCCCUCUCCCUUUUUUUCCUCCUAUUUAUGAAAACGUCACUUCAAGUCCCUCCCUGUUUGAAUCUCAUUAGUUUCUUGUGUGUUUCUCCCUGUCAAUAAUCCUGAAUCCAGACUCUCUCUAUUUCCAUCCCUCUCUAUCUGUCAAUCAGCGCCGCCUUUGAACUGAAAACCACUCCGACCAACUUCAACUCACUCAAUCCGAGCGGCUCGGCUCCUUCUCCGGCUUCCUUUUUCUGCCAAGAUUCCCUUCUUUUUUAGUUUUGUACCAACCGCCAGAGCUUUGGAAAACGCCAAUACAGACCCCAAACUUAAACUCGGACUUUCUAGAUCACCGAGAUCAAGGGUUUAAAACUUCGUGUUUUGCCCCCCAAAAAAGAUUUUUGCACGGGAAAAAUGCCGCAGCUCAACGGCGGUGGAGGGGACGAUCUGGGUGCAAACGAUGAAAUGAUUUCCUUCAAAGACGAAGGGGAGCAGGAAGAGAAAAUUUCGGAGAACUCCUCGGCAGAAAGGGAUUUAGCCGAUGUCAAAUCUUCGCUUGUAAACGAGUCGGAAACGAAUCAAAACAGCUCGUCGGAUUCAGAGGCGGAAAGACGGCCUCCGCCUAGAUCUGAAACUUUCAGAGACAAAACAAGAGAAAGUUUAGAGGAGGCUGCGAAAAGGCAAGAUGGAGGGCUGUUCAAGAGCCCACCGUACCCGGGCUAUCCAUUUAUAAUGAUCCCCGAUCUCACAAGCCCCUACCUUCCCAAUGGAUCACUUUCUCCAACAGCACGCACAUAUCUACAGAUGAAAUGGCCACUGCUAGAUGUUCAACAAGGAGGUCUUCAGAGUAGACAAGCACUUAAAGAUGCCAGGUCCCCGUCACCGGCACACAUCGUUUCUAAUAAGGUUCCAGUGGUACAGCACCCUCACCAUGUGCACCCUCUCACGCCUCUGAUCACCUACAGCAAUGAGCACUUCACACCGGGGAACCCCCCACCUCACCUACAGACAGACGUGGAUCCCAAAACAGGAAUUCCAAGGCCUCCACAUCCUCCAGAUAUAUCUCCUUAUUACCCACUGUCACCUGGCACUGUCGGCCAGAUCCCCCAUCCGUUAGGAUGGCUAGUACCACAGCAAGGUCAACCUGUUUAUCCAAUCACAACAGGGGGUUUUAGACACCCCUACCCAACUGCGCUCACUGUCAACGCAUCCAUGUCAAGUCUUCUGUCCUCUAGGUUCCCCCCACACAUGGUGCCCCCUCACCACAGUUUGCACACCACGGGCAUCCCACACCCAGCCAUCGUCACACCCAACGUCAAGCAGGAAUCCUCCCACAGCGACAUCUCUCUCAACAGCUCGAAACAGUCAGACGCUAAAAAGGAAGAAGAGAAGAAGAAACAAGUCCACAUAAAGAAGCCUCUGAACGCCUUCAUGCUCUACAUGAAGGAGAUGCGGGCUAAGGUGGUGGCUGAGUGCACACUGAAGGAAAGUGCUGCCAUCAACCAGAUCCUGGGGCGGAGGUGGCAUGCCCUAUCGCGGGAGGAGCAGGCCAAGUAUUACGAGCUGGCCAGGAAAGAGCGACAGCUCCACAUGCAGCUGUACCCCGGCUGGUCAGCACGAGACAACUAUGCGGCUAACCAACAGGGGAAAAGGAAGAAGAGAAAAAGGGAAAAGCAGCAAGCAGAGAGCAAUGGUAAGUGAGCUGCAAUUAUCUCCCAUAUUAGAAGAGCCCCAUCAUGUGUCAGGCAGAUGUGACAUCUUGCAAGAUAAAAGUCAAGCUAGUUUUUUUUUGUGUUAUGUUUUUUUGUGUGUGUGUUAUUGUGCCUGGCUUUUUUCUUUUCUUUUUUUUGUAUAGUUAUGCUACCCAAUGCAAUAUUUAAAUGGUAGAGUUGCUUGUAAUACCCCCCUUUUCCCAUUUUCCCCAAGCCUUCCCCAGCUAAUAACA